UACGUGUUGCACAACUGUUUAUGUAUAGAUUAAAUGAAUGGUUCUAAAAUGUUCAUUCACCUACCUUAUUCAACAUAAUAAAAACCGCUGAAAAAUAUUUGAUGAUUUUAAAAUUUAUCAAUCUAUUUAGAAAAAUUAAGUGACAUUGAUAAAAUGACGAUGAGCGUAACAAUAAUGGUACUAUGCAUUCUUGGUUCGACAUUUUUGUUAAUAAUGCCAGAUAACACGACAGCAUCGGAUAAGUUCUUUCAAACCGGUGGCCGCUUUGGUAAAAGACACGAUGAGAAUAUACCAGAUAUUCGUUAUGCUGCUAUGGUAAAAACACGAUCAGUGGAUAAUGUACCACCUAGGAUAGAAAGAGGUUUUUACAUAUCAAGGUACGGUAAACGAAGUACUAACUCAAUUACAGAUCCUUACUAUUUUACACUUUGUUUGCCGUCCUAUGGUAUAUAUUGUGAUUUUACAGGAUUACCUAAUUUACUUCGUUGCAAAAGGAUCCAACCUGCAGCAUGCUCGAGUCUAAAUUAUGUCAACGAUAAAACUCCAAUGAAGCCCGACAACGACAUAAUCAUUUAAAAUUGUCAGUAAUUUUUCUGAAAACCUAGUAUAAAUAUACAUUUAAUAAUUGAUCUAAAUACUAUUAUGACUAGAAUUUUAAGCAAUUGUAAUAAAAUUAUUUUGUGAACUAAUAACAUUUCAUUUUACUAGAAUAUUUUAUGUUGUAUUCAUUUUUUUAGA